UCUAAUUUUAAGUCAAUACACUACCUAUCCAAUGAUAUUGCGCACCAGAGACGUUUAGACCAAUUGAAGAACAGUACACAAAAAGGGCGUUACCUGUGGCGAAGUGCGAAAUGCUUACGGCGUGCAUUUCAUUUGGCUACAAUGUCUAAGAAAAUGUAUCGACAAUGCAACAGUGUGACUAUCUAAUGUUACAAAACCAACUGUAUCGAAAAAUAUAUGUAUAUAAAAAACACACGUCAAACAAGUGCAGUGAUGAAUACGUUCAGUAAACCCCAUUGAGCUCACUUUACUUAUUCUCUAACCACCCAGAUCCUGUAAACGAGAAUGCAGGUGUGUUAACAUGUCAGUAACAUACGCUGUAUAUAGUUAUAUCCAGUGAUAACUUUCAUAAUAAAACGGUAUGUAGCCUCGGACAAUCCAGUAUUUUUAUCGUUUCGAUUCAAUGCGCAUACGCAUGCGUACACACGGCGGCCAUUGUGUAUUUUGGCGCGCUGAGCACAUCUGCAGCUGCGUACAGAGAGGAGGAACUACGGGUGAAACCUAAUUUCUUAUUAGCUGACUAGCCUCGCGUUUGGUGUAGUUUGUCCCUGAAUCUUAGAAAACUGUGCGGUGAGUGUUCGAGGAGGUGGAAGUGCAGCUCCUUGCAUCUGAUCUGUCACUCUGACAUCUCCACUAAAUACCCCAGAUCCCCUUAUUCCAACUGCACCUCUGAACACCAGGAAGUGUGGAGUAAAAGCAACAUGUUUAUGUAAAUAAGCCAGCAACUUUCCAUGUGCAAAUUUCAUGUGAUAUCUUUUCUUUGACUGUUCUAGGAAGAAAAUCCUCCCUCAUUGGGUUAGGAGUUUUCAACUGAGGCAUAGUAAUGGGAAAGAAGAACCAGUCACAGGAUGGAAGCUCGUCUCAGUCAUCUGAGGAGGAAGAAUAUGUAGUUGAAAAGGUUAUAGACAGACGAGUCGUGAAGGGCCGUGUUGAAUAUUUCCUGAAAUGGAAAGGUUUCUCAGAGAAGCACAACACCUGGGAGCCGGAGAAGAACCUGGACUGUCCAGACCUCAUUGCUGAGUUCAUGAAGACUUACAAAAAGGGAAGCAACCCCCCAAGCAGCGGUGGAAAAUCCUCCAACACAAGUUCGACACCACGGGCCAAGGACGGUAGCAGCAACAAGAGAAGCUCGGCAGAGGAGGAUGAGGAAGGAGGCAGCAAAGCCAAACGGAAAAAAGAGGACGCUAUCCUCGUAGCGCGGGGCUUUGAGCGAGGCCUGGAACCAGAGAAGAUCAUUGGUGCCACAGACUCCUGUGGAGACCUAAUGUUCCUCAUGAAAUGGAAGGACUCAGAUGAAGCAGACCUGGUGCUUGCCAAAGAAGCAAAUCACAAGUGCCCACAGAUAGUCAUCGCCUUCUACGAGGAGCGUCUCACUUGGCACGAGGACGGUGACAAAAAAGAAAAGAGCGUAGUGGAGGCGUGAGGAGCACACACACACACACACACACACACACACACACACACACACACACACACACACACACACACACACACACACACACCCAGACACACACACACACACACACACACACACACACACACACCUACACACACAUGCAGACACACACCUCUAUUGACACAAAUGCACCCUCAUAUCCCCCCUCCACGUGUCACUGGUUCUCAACUUUGAUAUUUUAUUUUUUUAAACAAAGAAGAGGGGAACCGCGAAAGAACAAGGCUUGCCAGGAGACGGGGCCCUCCCUGUCUGUCAAACAACCUUCGAUUCCAAAUCCAACUGAGAAACAGUCCAGAACGGUGAUGGCACAUUUGGAUUUAGGAUGGAAGGAAAGUGAUUUUAUUAUCCUAGGUUAUUAGUUUUCCCCCUACUCUAUGCUUCUGUUUGUUAAGUCAUCUUGCUCCUGUAAACUUCUUCUUACACUGUAAUUGUGGUGGGGUAAAAGGACCAGUGCUCUCUGGUUUGCUCCUAGAUUGUAUUUCCUCUGUUGGUGGUUCUCAAUCUAGCUUUGUAUCCCCCUUGCAUUCUACCUUUUCCUUCAUAGAUAGUAGAACUCGUCUGUGGCCCACUGAUUAGCCCAAGAUGGUGUGUUUAGCUAAUCUAAGGUAUCAUGCCAUGACUCAAAGGGAUAGAUAGAAGGCAUUGAGGCCAGAGAAGGAUUGAGAACCCUUAGUCCAUGUGAAUGGAAAAGAAUGGGAGGUUUGUGGCAGCAUUUUCUACUUAUUUUCUCUUACGUGUUGGAUGAACUAUAAUAAACUGUGUAGGUCUUGUCAUAAUGUAUGAUGCUUUUGACCUGCUCUGACUUUUUUUUUAUUUUUUAUCUUUUAACACCAAUGUGUCAAUUUUUUUUUUUCCAUUUUUGAUUGACCUAUUUGUAACUCGUUAAAUCAAAGAAAAUUGCAUCCCUAAGUUUUGUCAUGUGCAGUGAAAGGCAUAAUUGUAUAGUAUACAUUUGUAUUCUUGUACUCAGUAUUUUAAAAAAUCCUGAAAUUUCUUCCUCGAGGCCUGUAUUUUGACUUGUGUACUACUGCCCGCAGUGUUCCAAUUUGGCCAAGAGUCUCUCUCCUCGACAUGCCACUUUCAUCAUCAAAGCACAGUUUGUCGCCAGAACACUGACACAACCCAUAACCUGUCUUGACAAU